CCAGGAGGGUUGGGGAAGAGUCAAAACAAGGGCAAGGGAAUAGGAAGAGCAAACAUGAAAACAUGGAAGGAAAAUGCCAAUUAGGAUUCUCUCAGCUGGUCUGAAAAAAUAGCCCAGACAUGGUUAAAACCAAAGUCAGACCAGCUCACCAAGAGCUGUCCUGAUAAACAAGCCUGAACUCUUGCAGUCACAAGAGUCACUAUUGAUGACAGAAACUGAGAUUUCUAAAAAAGACAAUGGCAGUGCCUGAAUGUUUGGUUUGCUGAUAUUCUUGAAGUGUCUGAAUCCAAUUUUAAAAUGCUUCUACUGACAUUUUUGUUUUUAUUAUGCACUUGUUACCUUAGUUCCUUCAACAUAUUAAAAUAAUUUAAAGAAGAAACAUGCAUAACAGGGACAAUGUGUGGAAGUCAGUUGUAUGUAUUGUAUAAAAUUUGAACAAAGUUAACUACUUCAACUCUAUAUUUUAAACAAGAGCAUCAACAACGGGGUAUUUGUACCCGUCUUACAAACUGUAUUUCACUCGCCCUGCAGAGCUGAGUUGGAGCGCUCCUCCCUGCUCCUCGGUCCCUCUGCCCGCGGUGCUGAUGAGAGAGGAUUUGAGUCGCUACCACGCCCCGCCCACAGUGAGAGAGCAGGGAUGACAGUGAUGCAAGGCAUGCCUCUGAGAAGCCUGCAGCCUAUCCAGACCGACCGGACCAGUUUGGACUCUACUCCCCAUUUACAACUCUCCAUAUGUUCUCCACCGCCGAGAUGCAGCUCAGCUUUGAUUUGAGGGCAAUUUAAGAAAUAAACACCCAGGAUAUUCUUCUGUUUUGCUUUUAUUUUACAUUUCUUUUAAUAUUUUGCAACCCCAAACUCCAAAUGCUUCGCCUGCCAGUCUCGCUUUGCAUGUGGCUAUAUCCGGUGGUUCCAGUUUGCGUGCAGGUGCUUUAGAGGAAAAGGUUGCACAGGGGCUUUUUUAAAAUCAGGCUAUUAUUUUUGUUUUUUAAACUCCUCUUUAUCUCUUUGGAAGCUAAACCACAAAUUAUAUUUUCACAAUGGCCGAUGCGAACGCUGAAUGCAAUAUCAAGGUGUUAUGUCGAUUUCGUCCACUGAACCAGUCCGAAAUUAUCCGCGGAGAUAAGUUCAUCCCAAUAUUUCAAGGAGAAGACACUGUCAUCCUCGGGGGGAAGGCGUAUGUGUUUGACCGAGUCUUCCCAACUAACAGCACGCAGGAGCAGGUCUACAGCACCUGUGCCAAGCAGAUAGUCAAAGAUGUACUGGGUGGAUACAAUGGGACUAUCUUUGCCUAUGGGCAGACUUCCUCAGGAAAGACACACACCAUGGAGGGGAACCUUCAUGAUCCCCAGGGAAUGGGGAUAAUACCGCGGAUUGCUGAGGACAUUUUUGAACAUAUAUUUGCCAUGGAUGAGAAUCUUGAAUUCCACAUAAAGGUCUCCUACUUUGAGAUCUACAUGGAUAAAAUCCGGGACCUGCUGGACGUGACAAAGACAAAUCUGUCAGUGCACGAAGACAAACACAGAGUUCCUUAUGUGAAGGGCUGCACUGAGCGCUUUGUCACAAGUCCUGAGGAGGUGAUGGAUGUGAUAGAUGAGGGGAAGGCCAACCGUCACGUUGCUGUCACCAACAUGAAUGAGCAUAGUUCCCGCAGUCACAGCAUCUUCCUGAUUAACAUCAAACAAGAAAACGUGGAGACUGAGCAGAAGCUGAGUGGGAAGUUAUAUCUGGUUGACCUAGCUGGCAGUGAGAAGGUCAGUAAGACAGGCGCCGAGGGAGCGGUGCUGGAUGAGGCCAAGAACAUCAACAAGUCUCUGUCGGCCCUGGGGAACGUCAUCUCAGCGCUGGCUGAAGGAACGAAAUCCCAUGUGCCAUACCGUGACAGUAAAAUGACUCGCAUCCUACAGGACUCGCUGGGCGGGAACUGCCGCACCACCAUGUUUAUCUGUUGCUCUCCCUCUAGCUACAACGAUACAGAGACCAAAUCCACCUUGAUGUUUGGCCAACGAGCCAAGACCAUUAGGAAUACUGUAUCAGUGAACCUGGAGCUCACAGCAGAGCAGUGGAAGAAGAAGUAUGAAAAGGAGAAGGAAAAGAACAGGUCAAUGAAGGAAACUAUUCAAAGACUCGAGGCAGAGCUGAACUGCUGGAGGAACGGUGAGAAUGCUGCUGUGCCGGGGCAGCUGUGUGAAGGAUCUGAGGAUGCCCCCCUGGUUCUUCCAGAAUCUGAGGAGUCAGUUCUUGACGUAUGCAGCCCCUGCACUCCUUGCACCCCCUGCACCCCCUGCUCUAUUGCCUCCUCCAUUGUGGUUCACAUCUCUGAGGAGGAGAGGCAAAAGUACGAGGAGGAGAUUCGCAAGCUCUACAAACAGCUAGACGAUAAGGAUGACGAGAUCAACCAUCAGAGCCAGAUGGUGGAGAAGCUGAAGGAGCAGAUGCUCGACCAGGAGGAGCUUCUCGCAUCGUCCAGAGGUGACAGUGAGAAGGUGCAGUCGGAGCUCGGCAGGCUGCAGGCAGAGAAUGAAUCCGCAAAGGCCGAAGUAAAAGAGGUUCUUCAGGCCCUGGAGGAGCUGGCGGUCAACUAUGACCAGAAAAGCUUAGAAGUCGAGGAGAAGAGCAUGCAGAACAAGCUCCUGGCUGAGGAACUUUCAAAGAAAAUGGCUCAUCUCAUGGCUUUAGAGGCAGAGCUGUCCCGUAUCCAGGAAGUGAGCAGCCACCAAAGAAAACGCAUUGCUGAGAUUCUUAAUGGUCUCAUGAGGGACCUGAGUGAAUUUAGCACGAUCGUUGGAAACAAGGACAUCAAGCUGCCUGUGGAGAUCACCGGAGUGAUCGAGGAAGAGUUCACAGUGGCUCGCCUCUACAUUAAUAAGAUAAAGUCAGAGGUGAAGUCCAUGGUGAAGCGCUGUCGCCACCUGGAGAACCUACAAACCGAGUGUCACCGCAAGAUGGAGGAAACGGGCAGAGAACUGUCUUCAUGUCACCUUCUCAUUUCACAACACGAGGCAAAGAUUCACUCUCUAACAGAGUACAUGCAGAACGUGGAGCUGAAGAAGAGACAGCUGGAGGACAGCUAUGAUUCUCUGACUGAGGAGCUGGCUAAACUCCAAGCUCAAGAGAGCAUGUCACAAGUGACCAGGGGGGAGAAUCACACGUCUGUCCAGAACUCCUGUGAUAUAAAGAGGGCUCUGGAGCAGCAGAUGGAGUCACGCCGUGAGGUGCACAGCAAACAACUGGGCCGCCUGCGAGACGAGAUCAAUGAGAAGCAAAAGAUCAUCGAUGACUUAACUGAUUGUAACCAGAGGCAGCAGCUGGAGCUAGAACAACUGCACAGUGACUUUGAACGUCUCAGAAGCCGAGAGCAUCACAAGAGCCGGCAGCUGGAGGAAUUGACAUUCCUCCAUGAACGACACGAACAAUCAAAACAGGAUCUCAAAGGCCUGGAGGAAACUGUUGCUCGUGAGCUCCACACCCUGCACAACCUCCGCAAGCUUUUCGUUCAAGACCUCACAACUCGAGUUAGAAAAAGUGCAGAGAUGGAGCCUGAUGAUACAGGCGGAUACAUCACCCAGAAACAAAAGAUUUCCUUUCUUGAAAACAACCUGGACCAGCUUACGAAGGUUCACAAACAGCUGGUACGUGACAAUGCAGAUCUGCGCUGUGAGCUUCCAAAACUGGAGAAACGUCUUCGGUCUACAGCUGAGCGAGUUAAGGCGCUCGAGGGUGCGCUGAAGGAGGCAAAAGAAGGAGCCAUGAAGGACCGCCAUCGCUACCAACAGGAGGUGGAGCGAAUCAAAGAUGUGAUGAGGGCCCGCGCUCCCUUCCGCCGACCCCAUGCUGCGCUCAUUGCCAAGCCUGUACGCCCUGGCCACUACCCAGUCUGCUCUCCCACCAACCCCUUCUUUAUCCGAGGCUUCAGCGAUCAGCCCAUUGCCUUCUGCAACGCUGUUUUCCACAACAGAAACCAAGCAGCCCCUGCUCCUGCUGCUCCUGCUGCUCCUGCUGCUCCUGCUGCUACUUCUGCUCCUUCCUCUCCUAUAUCUGCUUCUCCUACUUCUCCCUCAACACCAGAGAGUGAGCCCAGGCUACCUGAGUCCAUCUCCAAUCAGAACAGCCCUGCCAAACACCUCAACUUCCAAAACAAUGAUGCACAUGACAGCAAUGUUCAAAACAAUAUGCCUCCGGCUGAAUCAGAAAGCCAAGCAGACAACGCUUCUGAAAUGCUCGAUUCAGAAAACGGAAACACCACAGAUAUCAAUGACAACAGCAUGUGUCUGAAUGUGAAUUCUGUAUCCAGAACUGAUGUGUGUGACAAUCAGGACCCAGCUAAACUCUACAGUCUGCAGCCAGAGGCUUCAGCCAGCUAAUAGUCCUGAGCAGGCAGACCUUUUUUCUGAGGCCUCUGUAAAUCUGCAUGCAGCUGAUCACUGUCCUCCCAGACUCCCCUUCCUCUCGCAUCCUCCUCACCUGCUGUAAACAGACCUCCUGUGUCUUUUUUAGGCACCCUGCUUGUUUUCUUCGAUCCUUUCUCGUUUCUGUAUUAUGACGUGUGGGGUGUAACAGUUUGACAAGCACUGCAUCUCAAAUGCCUGACCUGGCAACCUACACCUGUGAUGCUGCUGCACCCCCUCCCCCAUGACUGGAAAUACGAAGGGACCACAAAUAGAAAGGUGGGGAAGAGAAAGUGCCGUGUGGUAGGUUUCCACUAGGAUGUGCUGUUUGUCUCAGUGAAAGACUCAGUGAGGGAUGUCAGCAUUGAGCAUUAUGAUUAUUAUUAGAACUAUCAUCAGUAUCAUUAAUAAACAUAUGGAAUAUCUAAAAGACAAAAAAUACUAACAACAUGAAAACAGUGUGAUCCUUGCGAUCACUUUUCUGAUAUUUAUACUUUUCACUGCAUGUUGAUUUUCAAUGUUGGUUGUCAGCAUUUUUCAAAAAAUAUGUAUUAAAGAGGAAGAACACUAGUGAAGCAACAAUAUAAACAUGUUAAAGUCCCAAAACUAGUAUAGAAGACAAGCAUCGAGAUGUGUGUGCUGUUAGUACCAAAUCCAAAAGCCAACAAUGCCCUAAGCUGUCUGUCAGAAAUCUGUGAC